AUGGAUACCACUUGGCUCACUAUCCAAGCUAAAACCUUUACGAAAUGGGUCAAUACCAAGCUCGAUUUAGGACGAGUCCCUCACAUUGUGGACCUGAAGAACGACCUUUCCAAUGGUGUCAGGCUUAUUCAGUUACUGGAAAUCAUCAGCGGCACCCAGCUGGGUCGAUACAGCAUGAAUCCCCGAAUGAGAAUCCAAUGCGUUGAAAAUGUAAACAAGGCUCUCAACUUUAUCAUGGAGCGUGGCGUGCCUCUCACUAAUAUCGGCGCUGAAGACAUUGUGGAUAAGAAUCUCAAGCUGGUCCUGGGCAUGUUGUGGAUGAUCAUUUUGCGAUUUACUAUUGCGGAUAUCAAUCAGGAUGGGAAGAAUGCAAAGGAAGGUCUCUUGCUUUGGUGCCAGCGUAAGACAUCCCCAUACAAGGAAGUGCAAGUCAAGGAUUUCACUGGCAGCUGGAAGGAUGGUUUAGCAUUCUGUGCUUUGAUUCAUCGCCACCGACCAGAUCUUUUGAACUUUUAUGAGUUGGAUUUUUCAAAACCAGAGGAGAACACGCAAUUGGCCUUUGACAUAGCAGAGGAGUACUUGGGUAUCCCGAAAUUGCUGGAUGUUGAGGAUGUUUGCAAUGUUACGAAGCCCGAUGAACGUUCCAUCAUGACCUAUGUCGCUCAAUACUUCCAUGCCUUCUCAUCACAAGACAAGGAUGAAACUGCUGGACGACGAGUAUCAAAGUUUGCCGACGUAUUGAAUUCUAUUUGGCAAUCAAAGAACUAUUAUGAAGAACGAGCAUUCAAGCUUAUAGAAGCAGUACAAAGUGCGCAAAAACAUUGGAAGGAGACGGUGCUGACCGAUUCAUAUCAAGAGACCAAGCAAAAAGGACUAGAAUUUGCCACAUACAAGAGCACACAAAAACGUGAAUGGGUUUCUGAACGACGUGAUCUCGACACGCUGCUAGGCAACAUCCAAACGAAGCUGAAGACAUACAACCUAAAGCCGUAUUUUCCGCCAGAAGGCUUGACACUCAAGGAUUUAGACAACAUGUGGCAGGAUCUUUUGAAUGACGAAGCAGUCUAUUAUCGCAACAUUAACAGCAAAAUGCGAGAGAUCAAAGAGAAUCUUAGAAAGGCGUAUGCACAAGCUGCUAACAGUUUCCAACGGCAAUUGGAUGCUAUUUCGGCGGAUUUGGCGGCCCUUGACGGUGAUCUUGAGCAUCAAAUGACACAUGUUGGCAACAUUUCACACAAGCUUUCACCACUACAAAAGGAUCUUGAACAUAUUGAAGUAUUGGAUCGCGCAUGCAUCGAAGCCAACACGGAGGAGAAUGAUUACACUGUAUACUCUGUGGAAGAUUUAACGUUUGAACUUGGACUUGUGAAGCGAGCAAUCAGGAAAAAGAUGGCAUUCAUCGAAAAUCAGAGCGUUUCUCGCAACAUGACCAAUCUCACACCUGCACAGCUGGAAGAAUUCGAACACGUAUUUCGACACUUUGCAAACGACCAAAGCAACACACUUUCCAUCGACGAGUUUCCUGCCGCAUUGGCUAGCUUGGGUCUUUUUUACGAUGAUUAUGAGCUGGAUCGAUUAUUUGCAGAGACCUUUCAGCAUAAUCAAGAGGCGAGCUUUGAGCAAUUCAUCCAAUUUAUGGUCGCCAUUACCGAAGACAAGUCAACGCCCGAACAAUUACAAGAUGCAUUCCAAACCAUUGCAGGAGAUAAGCCAUAUGUCACUGAGUUGGAUUUACGGCGAUGCAUGGUACCUGAAACAGCAGUAGAGUAUCUAUCACGGGACAUGCCACCUGCGACCACGAGCGAUGAACCAGAUUCAUUCGAUUAUAGCUUAUAUGUCAAGCAAAUGUUUCAAUGA